CUCUCCUUCCCUACUCUCUAUAAAAACUAGAAUAAAAUAAAUCUUAAUUGAGGUGUUUUUUGUAGAAAGGAGAGAAUGGUGGAGCUGCUUCAUUUGCUUCUUUAUCUCUCUCGUCUUCCUUCCCACCUUCCCUUUCUCUGCACUUGAUCUUCUUUGUUUUCUAUUCUGUCUAGGGUUUGAGUUCCGGGGCUCUCUUUUCUUCUCUUUCUUUAAUCCUCUCUCCACCUUUAUUAUUAAAAGAAAAAACCAAUCCAAUCUCUCAGCUUCAGCUCCUAUUUCGAUUUUCAAACGUCCUAUUUUUAUUUUUUUAAAUAAUUAUUAGUUUAUUUUAAAUAUUUUUUUCCUAGUUUUCCUGGGUUUCUUUUGAUGUGGGUAUGGCGGGGUUUGAUUUAGGCACAGCAUCUCGUUAUGUUCAUCAGCUUCACCGGCCGGACUUGCACUUGCAGAUGCAACAAGAAUCUGAAGAAGACAACAAUAGAGGUCAGUUCUCCGGCGACGGUGAUGAUACAAACCACCAUGGACUGGAGCUCGUCUCAGCCAACAGCGGCGGUACUGGCGAUCUCGUGGGUCGUCGGCCCAGAGGUCGACCACCUGGUUCGAAGAACAAGCCGAAACCACCGGUAAUUAUCACCAGAGAGAGUGCAAACACGCUUCGUGCACAUAUCUUGGAAGUCGGCAACGGUUGUGAUGUCUUUGAUUGCGUGGCGACCUAUGCCAGGCGCAGGCAGCGUGGGAUCUGUAUUUUGAGUGGAAGCGGCACUGUUACAAAUGUAAGCUUGCGGCAACCGGCGGCAGCGGGGGCGAUCGUGACAUUACACGGGCGGUUCGAGAUAUUAUCGCUGUCGGGUUCGUUCUUGCCGCCACCGGCACCACCAGGUGCGACGAGCUUGACUAUAUUUUUGGCCGGCGGACAGGGUCAGGUAGUCGGUGGGAAUGUCGUGGGUGCACUGAUUGCCGCCGGACCGGUAAUCGUAAUAGCAGCUUCAUUCACGAACGUGGCGUAUGAGCGGCUACCUUUGGAGGAGGAGGAACAACAGCAGCUUCAGAUACAACCGCCGGUUUCACAGUCUUCGGGUGGUGGCGGUGCUGCCAAUGAAGGUGGUGGAGGUGGUGGUGUCAACAACCCGUUUCCUGAUCCGUCUUCAGGUCUUCCAUUCUUCAAUUUGCCACUCAACAACAUGGGGAAUUUACCAGUUGAAGGUUGGGCUGGUAACGCAGCUGGGAGGCCUCCAUACUGACCAACUGAACCUGUGAUCGAUCUCCAAUGGAAACUAAUUAAGAGGAGGAAAGCUGAUCAGAAGACACCAACUACUUCUGCAUCAUCGAAUGGAUAGUUAGUUGUUCUUUUUCGGAUCAGAAAGGUCAGCAAAUUCAUGGUUUAUCAUCAUCAUCUCUUUUUUCCUCUCUUUCUCAUCAUGAGACCACUUUUAUGUACAAUUUAAUUAGUUUCUACUUUCAGUUGUUUUUGGUUUUGAUUUUCUAGAAAUCCUCUCUGGCUGUUAUUGUUUCUUGAUCUUCAUGGAACCUUCUUCUUAUUAAGCAAAUGGGUUUGAGGAUUUGUGGAUU